AUGGCGACGAUCAAAGCUUCUCGGAUACCAGCCAUGAUUUACGGCACGGCAUGGAAGAAGGAAAGAACUCGCGACCUAGUCCGGCAAGCGGUUCUCGCAGGCUUCCGUGGUGUGGACACGGCGGCACAACCGAAGCAUUACCGCGAGGAUCUGGUUGCGCAAGGCAUCGCCGAUGCCAUGAAGGCCGGAAGCAUCAAUCGAGAGCAGCUCUAUGUUCAGACCAAGUACACCUCCGUGGUGGGUCAAGAUCCAAGGAACAUGCCCUAUAACCCGCAGAGCAGUAUCACGGAUCAGGUGAAGGAGUCGGUCGAGUCUUCGCUACGCAACUUCUCGAUCAUAUCAACAUCGAAGGAUGAGACAUAUCUCGAUUGUCUAGUUAUGCACUCCCCCUUACCUUCGCAAGCCCAAACUCAAGAAGCGUGGCGUGCGAUGGAGAGCUAUGUCCCCCACACGAUACGAACUUUGGGCAUUUCAAACAUCUACGACCUACUUGAGCUCAAGAAACUCUAUGAACACGCUUCGAUCAAACCAUCUGUGGUCCAGAAUCGCUUUUACAGAGACACAGGCUAUGAUGCUGGUGUCCGAGCCUUCUGCGAAGCAAACAAUAUCGUCUACCAGAGCUUCUGGACCUUGACAGCUAACCCUGACUUUCUUCAAUCACAGCCCGUACUGGAUCUCGCGCAAGCAGCCAAAGUCACUAGUGCCGUGGCACUUUAUGGAUUUGUUCUGGGACUGGGUCACAACAUGAGCAUCCUGAAUGGGACGACUAAUCCUAGGACGAUGAAGAACGAUCUUGUUGGUGUGCAUGCCGUAAGAAAGUACUUGUCAUAUCAAUCCACCACGGCACGCAAUUUGCGAGAUGACUUCAGUGCUCUGCUCGAGCGGUAA